UGUGACGACAGUAUCUGUGCUAGAGGAUGCCCGAGCGAAUAUGAAUACGAUCAUAAUGGGUGCAGGAAAUGCUUGUGCAAAGGCUGCAGUGGAAGGCAAUGUAGGAUGCGUUGUCCACUCGGGUUCACAACUGACGAGCAGGGAUGCCAGUCUUUCUGCACGUGCAACACUGAAGAAACAGUUUGCAAGAACAUCUGGUGCACUGCCCCUCGUGUGUGCAACCCUCGCAAUGGCAGAUGUGGUGAGUACAGUCAUUUUAAUUCUGCAUAA